AUGUCUGCCGAUACAGCACCGUUAACCAAGGUCGACUCCGCCAUCCAAGGCCUCUCCUCUAGCCCACCCAAGGAGGCAGUCAAGGGCCACCGGAGAGCAAGCUCGAGUGCAGCGGGUGUCUACAACAUCAAUGACUUAGAAAAGGAAGGAACGGAAAUCCAAAUUGCAAAGGAGACGCAAAAACUGAACUGGCGUAUCAACAAGUCCCCCAACACGCUCGAUGAGCCAGAGAAAUCGGCACUGAAGAAGAUGCUCACCACACCACCCGUCAAGAAGAUUGACCUACACUUCCCCCUCGGACUUGAGGUAACAGCACGGAACUUGAAGGGAGUAACAAUCAAAGAUGCAUUAGAUGCAAUCUACAAGCAAUUCCGGAAGAAGGCGGACGACGAGCUUGAGACCCCAAUCCUAGCAGGCUUCGAAUGGGACAAGGAAGAGUGCUGGACCCGGUUCAUCGUCCAUUGCAAAAAGGAAGGUGCCCCACAGCCCAAGAAGAAGGGAAAGAAAGGCCAAGAAGGCGACGAGCUCUAG